AUGUCUCUCCAAUUCCUCCUAUCGCUUGCAGUUUUUCUCGUGGCAACAAAUGCACAGCCAGAAGCUGUGGCAGAAAACAACCAACUGCUUCAUGACUUGUACGAAGCAAGGACCUUCAGAAGAAAUUGGCAAGAAGUCACUGAGGCUUUUGGGCUUAAGCCUUACAAAUGGACCACUACCCUGCCUACGAACACAUUAGUGAACGAGACAGCGUAUCUAGCCGAGAGCAAAAAUAUUCUUCUGAUGAAAUCCCGAGACAGAGACUUAAAGAAUGAAGGGUUCGACAAAUCCACUACUUUAAUCGACUUCGAAACGGGGAUGAUUGCCUUCCGAACUAAGUUCCCCACAACAAACGAAAUCCCUGCUGCGAUUGCGGGAGCAGGGGAGCCAGCCGAGAUGACCAGACGAGAGCGGCGAAGAAAACUCAGACAAUUUUUUGCUGGCAGAGAAAACGCCUGCUUUAUUACAAAUACUGGCGUCACUCUCGCAGAUGCUAAGAGAGAGCUUCAAAAUCGUGUUACAAACUCCCCAGUUUCUACAGGGACUGCCAAACGCUUUGUUGCAGAGGAGAUGAAUCGUAUUUCCACAGCGGAGCUGACCAAAUUAAACCAUAAAAUAGCAAAAUUCUGUACAAAACCCGGCAAACACGGGAACCAUUUCAGACUUGUAGCAGAUUCAAUGGCAACAACACACAAAGACAAUUUAGUGGUCAUGGGUCAAUUUGACACCACCCAGAGAACAAAGUCUGUACCAUAUGAAAUCCACAUUGAACAGUCCAUUAUUGACAGAAUUCAAACACCACUUUCUGGAACUACACCGGAACCGUAAUUAGGAGAUUCUAUUUUUAGAAUUCUAAUAUUGGACAAUUGUAUAAUCAUGUUAUCUCGUCUUUAGUAAAACCAUCUAUUCAUGUACAUCCUUAUAAAGUUGCUGAAGUACAGAAUCUUCUUUUUCUAUGGCACCUUGGUUUUCUAUAUUAACAAUGAUGCUAAAUGUAAGACGUGAUAUUAUUCACCAGAGCAGCAUGACACAGAAGACGAAUGAGUGCGACUGACAAUAUCGUUGUGUCCUUGUAGAAUAAUCUUGCCGUGAAUUUAGAAGAAAGCCAAUGCAUAAACCUAGAACUUCCUUGUCAUGUCUUUAUCUUGUUGAUUU